AUGCCAGAUGAAGCGGACCAACAUGAUUUUGAACUUGCAGAAGAAUAUGCAGAAGUUGUUGCUGAUGGGGCCCCAGCAGCAAGAUUCAGAGCUUUUCACAGGGAAGCUCGAGGUCACAUAGGUGAAGCUCACCUGUCAAAGAAGACCCGGGGAAAUGAAUCCAGAGACACGCAUCGCUUCAUCCAACGUUGGAACUUGACAUGGAAAGUGCCAAUGAAGUCCUUCCGGCACACCACUAAUGACAACGAACAAGUGUCAGUCCACUACAUCAGCCCCAUUGACUUUGUCAAAUUUAUCUUGGAAAAUGCACCAGAAUUGGUUUUUGGCGGCCACUCUUCAGUUGCGAUGGGACAGCAACAGUUGAAGGCAUUCUGGAACAACUACGAGAAAACUCACCCAACUCACUUGUUGUUCAGCCAGCCGCACCCUCAUCGAAGACGAGAGAACACCCUUUGUUUUUCCCUCCACGGGGAUGAGGGCCGUGGAUUGAAAAAGGGGAACACAGUGAUCUUGACGUGGGAAAGCAAUUUGGGGAUUGAGACGGCUGCAAAUUACACAUGUGACAACCGACUUGAUCAGUGCAGGUCAUGCCACUUGGGUGAAGCGUGCGCGCAAAGGUUCAACACAGCUGCUGGGUUCAUGCCACUUUCAGACAUGCAUCAAGACCCCUCGCCUUCAUCCUAUGAGACUCACAAUACGGGGGGGAACUCUUUCCUGACCAAAUUUGUACUUGCAGCUUUACCCAAUUCCUUGUACAAGGAAACAAAUGCUCUUGACAUUGUGCUGGAGAACAUUGUGAAUGACUUUCGCACAUUGUUUGAAUCUGGCGUCGAAGUUGCUGGAGACGCGUCUCACCAAGCCGAGUGGCAAAGGCAGUUGUGGCCAAGUCGACCUUGGAAUCCAGUGCCUGACAUUGCUGCGAUCCCUUUCGACGACAUCACUCCUGAAAAGGUAUUGCGACGAUUCGCAAAGAAAGCAAAGUAUCACAUGGUGGCCCAUACCAAGUACGAGCUGGGUGUCUUGAUUGACUCUGGGGUCAAGUUGCUGCCAAACCCGCUGAUGCACGGAUGCGAGAUGAACGAGGAUGUCAUUGGGAAGCUUGCGCGGUUGAGUACUUCAGGUCGCAUCUCCACCAAUUGGGAGCUCGCCGAAGCUGAAGGGACCCUGGAGGCCCUUGGCCAUGCUGAGCCGCAGCCGCUCCGAGAGCACGCUGGGAAGCCGACGACCCUCUUCACGGGACGGCUGGGAAGCACAGACGGUGAAGGCGAUCUGUCCCUGCCAGAGUUGGGACCUCCUCAGGCGAUCUGUGAUGUCUUGUCUUUUUUGGUUCGGCUUUCCAAGAGUUCAGCCUUGACGGUGGGCUGGUCCAUUGUUUCGUUUCCCUGUUCCAUUGGUCGCAGUUGGAGAUCCUUGCAGUUGGAAUGCCCCGCUGCAGGGCCGCUGGCUGAUGGCAAGGUGCCACCUUGGUUCCUUCACAUCUUUGUGAAGUAUGUUAGCGAGCCCUAUGCCUAUGCAUGCCAGCUCCUGGGCGCCCGCGACAGUCCGGAGGCUGCGGAAGAGACCGCGCAGUGGGUGGACUGGGUGAGGAUCCUUUUUGACGAGGCGUUGCCAGGUCCCAUCAUGGGACAUGACGUCUUGGGCGAGGCUCGAAUCCCCAACGGGCGGUGCUGCGACGCGUGGUCGCUUGCUUCUGCCGCGCGGAGUGGAGCUUCUGGUGACGCGCUCGGUGUAAAGGACACUGCACCAGGCUUCGGAAGGCCUUCACUCCAGGACGGGUUCUGGUGGCUGGCCGGGGAGCGGAUCGUGAAGCGAACGGCUCAGGCGUUUGAGACUUCCUCAAGCAGUAGCGCAGAAGAGAAGGAGGUGGCAGAACUCCUACAACCGGAGAAGCUGCCACAGCACUCCUUACGGCUCGAACAGCCGUGCUCUUUUCGACAUGUGACAGUUUGCCAUUGCCUGGCAGCAGUGCCAGAGGCAGAGCAGCUGCGGGAGGCGCUCCAGCGCGUGCUGAACAAGAAUCCCGUGCUUGCAGGGCGGCUGAGGCCGACGUGGCCCACCGGAGGUCCUCGACCAGAAGGAUUGGAGAUUGGCUUUGAGGGCCCGGUCGGACUCCACUUCCAGGUCCGCCCCCUGAGCGCUGACAUGGAGCAUCAGGUUGAACGACUCGAUGCCGAGAGGUAUGCCAGGCAGUUCCUGCAGAUUCACACCGAGUUUGCAGACAGCCUGGGGGUGGCGCGAGUUGGGUACGGCUUGAACUUACUAGGCAAGGACCGACCUCUUUGCAUGGCCAGCUACUGCCCUGGAGCUCAGGUGAGUGUGGUGGCUUUAAGUGUCUCCCGCAUUCUGGGCGACUCCGCCGUGCAAGCCUUGUUUCGCGCCUGGGAUGAGGAAUUCCAGGAGCCUGACCUCAGUGCCAAGAGUGUCUCGAGCCGCGAGGUGACCCGCCUCUUGUAUCGGCCCAUUCUGGUGCUUCAGGCCAUUCAGGAGGCGUGGGAUGGUGUUCGCCAGUGGCUCUACCAGACAACGAUCUCCCAGUUCGCCGGUUGCUGCACCACACGAGGAAAUUCCUCGAGCGGAUGCUUGAUGGCCGAAACCUCUCUAAAGGAGACUGGGAAGGCUCAGGCAGAUGCUGAUUGUGAUUCUGCACCGGAAGAUCGUGAAUUCUACGCCAUUGCUGUGCGAGUACGAGAGGAGACCCUUUCUUCCAUCCGUGCUGCCGCGGCCGCUUCAGCGCCCGGAGGUGGCGUGGGCCUCUCGUCGGUCCUGACCUCCGAUGCGCUCUAUGCCUGGCUGGGCAACGUCCUGCGGCUCCCACAGUUCCUGGUGGCGGAUCGUCGAGCCGCAGUGGAUCUGAGCCUCGGCCAAGAUCGGCUUCAGAGUUAUGUUCCCAGUGCACCUGGUCGUUGCCAUGCCUUAGACAUUCGGAGGGCGAUCAACGCACAGGCGGCGCAAGGCCAAGAUCAAUCCACGCGGCGCUGGUCCAUCCUGGAUUUUUCGGAGGUGUUGGAGACGGUGCCGCGCUUCGGGACGAAUUGCAGCAGUUGCUCCUUCGAGUUGCAUGACCUUUGGCAACGCUCGCCACGGCACGUGGUGGCUCGAUGCUCCGAACGCGAGUACAUAGCCUUUCACUGCGUUUGCCGUCGGGAUCAGGUCUUGGCACUGCAACGUGGCUGGCGCUCCUUGGGCGAGCACGCGCUUUCGGUGGCCUCAGAGGCGCAGUUGCUGGAAGCUCUGGAAAGGUGA